AUGACAUCUACGGAGACGAAAUGGGAUUCGGUAGUCGCGAGAAUACCGGAUGACCGAGUUAUUGUGUUUUGCGAGGAAAAGCUCCUCUGCUUCGACAUUGACAAUGGCACCGACUUGUCACUCACGAUCUUCGUUUCCCCUGAGAAACUGACGAAAGCUUCUCCUGAUGUCUUCAUGUUUGAGCCAAAUUGGCAAAAUAAAGAACAACGCGUGGAUAAAAUGCCAUCCGACAAUCCCCAAGUAAUGCUGAUCCUCCUUGCGAUCAUCCACGAUGAGAAGCGCUUCAUCCCGGAUAAGGUCUGUGUUAUUCAGCUCUAUGGUCUCUUGGCACAUGCUCGACAAUUUGGUCUCACAGGGAGUUUGGGCCCGCACCUCCAAGAUUGGAUGCCCACAGAGAAAGAAAGAACCGACUCGCCUGACAAGGAAUACAUUGCCUGGAUCGCUUGGGAGAUCGGCGCGAAAGAAAUAUACAACGAAAUGGUCAAUCACCUAGGCUCCAUGUGCUCCGGUGAUGGGAAAGGUAGCAUCCGGUGGCCAGAGACACCCGACCCUAUAGAGGAAUAUCUUGCCGAAGCGAGAAUUAUUGGUGAGUCUUUCAUACUGUGGUCAUCAGCCAUUCAAGUAACCAUGUAUCCUGCAUGA